AGGUUAUCAGUUCUUGUCCUCGUCCAAGAACCUAGUAAAAUACUAGAUUCGUUUUAUAUCAAAUCCAAACGCAUGUCGCGCCACGGCUCCAUGCAGCAGGUCUUGGAAGACCUCGUGAAUCAGGUCUCUACCUGCGUUCCGACGGUGAAGAGCAGCGGUUCAACAUCUACUUCCGGUGCAGCGAAGUCCUCCUUUCUGGAACAAGGCGAUUACGUCGGCGUCGGGAAGGGACCGAAGCCGAUGGGGGUGAAGAAUCGGACCGGUUUUGUCACUGCAGGACCCGGACAAGCAACUAUUGUUCCUCUCGUAGAACCAGCUCCUCCUGCUGCCGUGGGUGGAGGUGAUGAAGAACAAGUUCCAGCCGGGGAAGUACCUUUUGUGGGGGAUGGUAAGGGCGCUGACGGCAGCAUAGGAGGCGCACCGAAGGCGGCCCUGCUAUGGGAGGAGCGGGUAAAAUGA